GACACGAUUCUCCCCCACCUACCGCAAACCCCCAAAGCCACAGCGAGCUCGAGCUUCCCCCAAUGGCAGCCCCGCCCAUCUCCGGCCACCCCCAUCCCCCCGGCGACUCGCCGCUCCCGACCGACGCCCUCCUCGCCCGCCACGAACCCCACUCCGCCCCCGCGCCCCAGCCCCCCGCCGCCUCCCGCUUCCUCAUCGUCCUCACCGCCGCCCUCGCCGUCUCCACCUCCUACCUCCUCCUCCUCCGCCAUCCCUUCUCCGCCGCCUCCGCCUCCACCGUGUCCUUCGCACGGCCGCUGUCCAAGCUCCCGAAGCCGGUGGUCCUCCUCAUAUCCUCCGACGGCUUCCGCUUCGGCUACCACCACAAGGCCCCCACCCCGCACAUCCGCCGCCUCAUCGCCAAUGGCACCUCCGCCGCCGAGGGCCUCAUCCCCGUCUUCCCCACCCUCACCUUCCCCAACCACUACUCCAUCGUCACCGGCCUCCACCCUUCCUCCCACGGCAUCAUCAACAACUUCUUCCCCGACCCCGUCUCGGGGGACAAGUUCACCAUGGGCUCCCACGAGCCCAAGUGGUGGCUCGGGGAGCCGCUCUGGGUCACCGCCGCCGACCAGGGGGUCCAGGCCUCCACCUUCUUCUGGCCGGGCUCCGAGGUGAAGAAGGGAUCCUGGGACUGCCCCGACAAGUAUUGCCGCCAGUAUAAUGGCUCUGUGCCAUUCGAGGACAGGGUUGACGCCAUCCUCGGUUACUUCGAUCUCCCGGCUGACCAAAUGCCGCAGCUUCUGACACUCUACUUUGAGGAUCCAGAUCACCAGGGGCACCAGGUUGGUCCUGAUGACCCAGCCAUCACCGCUGCCGUGACGCACAUUGACGAGAUGAUUGGGAGGCUCAUUGCUGGUUUGGAAGCUAGGGGGGUGUUCGAGGAUGUCAACAUUAUUUUGGUUGGGGAUCAUGGGAUGGUUGGGACCUGCGACCAGAAGCUAGUGUUUCUCGAGGAAUUGGCUCCAUGGAUCGAGGUGAAGGCUGAUUGGGUUCUGUCGAGGACACCAUUGCUGGCAAUCAGGCCGCCAGAUGGUGUAUCACCGGCAGAGGUCGUGUCCAAGAUGAACGAAGGGCUGAGCUCUGGGAAGGUGAAGAAUGGGCAAUAUCUGAAGAUGUACUUGAAGGAGGAUUUGCCUUCUCGCCUGCAUUACUCGGAAAGCUAUAGGAUACCACCAAUUAUCGGGCUGGUAGAUGAAGGUUAUAAGGUGGAGAUGGAAAUAUCAAAGAAAAAACAGUGUGGAGGGGCGCACGGGUAUGACAAUGCCUUCUUCUCAAUGAGGACCAUAUUCAUCGCACACGGACCUCGUUUCGAGGAGGGUAAAAUUGUGCCCUCCUUUGUGAAUGUGGAGAUAUACAAUGUCAUUGCUUCCAUUCUCAGUUUGAAGCCAGCUCCAAACAAUGGCUCCAGUUUUUUCUCUGGAACAGUUCUUUUGCCGAGUGAAUGAUCGUCGAUGCACGUGAGGGCUGUGGUUCUGGAGGAGGAAAACCCACACUGAUGGUAUUAUCUUCUGGUUGUAGUUGUAUUUGUACACUAUUUAAAUUCAAUUCUGCCACGUGCAGCUAUUCGCUACUGCUAAUACUGCAAACAGAGAAUCCUUUUCCUUAAGGAUGUCAUUUGCCAAUGCAAAUCACAUCCAACCUUUUCAUCUUCUGUGAUGCUAAAUGUAUGAUGCUACUUCUUUUAA